CCGAUAGUCAGUGAACUUCCUCGGAGGCCCGGACCUCAGGUCGCUUCCCGACUGCGCAAAAUUUUUCCGUCUCCAAGGCGGCAGAGAUGACCGCUUUUCUGGUUCUCCCGCGCGCCUGGAUGACGUCACACGGCGAGGCUGUCUGACGUCAGAGUUUCCUGUCCACCAUCUUUGUCCCUGGCAAAGUGGGUUUUGCGCAGUGGCUUAGACCUGGAGAAGGAGUCGUGACGUGCAGGAAACCAUUACAACACCGCUCGGGCCGUGCUCUCUGGCCGCUGCUGCCACCCCUGCCCUUGCCUCCGGUGCACAUUAAAGAUCCACAACCAUGACUGACUCCAAGUACUUCACAACCAAUAAAAAAGGAGAAAUCUUUGAAUUAAAGGCUGAACUCAACAAUGAAAAGAAAGAAAAGAGGAAGGAGGCUGUGAAGAAAGUGAUUGCUGCUAUGACUGUGGGGAAAGAUGUUAGCUCUCUCUUUCCAGAUGUAGUGAAUUGUAUGCAGACUGACAACCUGGAACUAAAGAAGCUCGUGUAUCUCUACUUGAUGAACUAUGCCAAGAGUCAGCCAGACAUGGCCAUCAUGGCUGUCAAUAGCUUUGUGAAGGACUGUGAAGAUCCCAAUCCUCUGAUUCGGGCCUUGGCAGUCAGAACCAUGGGGUGCAUCCGGGUGGACAAGAUUACAGAAUAUCUCUGUGAGCCCCUCCGCAAGUGCUUAAAGGAUGAAGAUCCCUAUGUUCGGAAGACAGCAGCAGUCUGUGUGGCAAAGCUCCAUGACAUCAAUGCCCAAAUGGUGGAAGAUCAGGGAUUUCUGGACUCUCUGCGGGAUCUCAUAGCAGAUUCAAAUCCAAUGGUGGUGGCUAAUGCUGUAGCAGCAUUAUCUGAAAUCAGUGAAUCUCACCCAAACAGCAACUUACUCGAUCUGAAUCCACAGAACAUUAAUAAGCUACUGACAGCCCUGAAUGAGUGCACCGAAUGGGGCCAGAUUUUCAUCCUGGACUGCCUGUCUAAUUACAACCCUAAAGAUGACCGGGAGGCUCAGAGUAUCUGUGAACGGGUAACUCCUCGGCUAUCUCAUGCCAACUCAGCAGUGGUGCUUUCAGCAGUAAAAGUCCUAAUGAAAUUUCUAGAGUUGUUACCCAAGGACUCUGACUACUACAAUAUGCUGCUGAAGAAGUUGGCCCCUCCUCUUGUCACUUUGCUGUCUGGGGAGCCAGAGGUGCAGUACGUCGCCCUGAGGAACAUCAACCUAAUCGUCCAGAAAAGGCCUGAAAUCUUGAAGCAAGAGAUCAAAGUUUUCUUUGUGAAGUACAAUGAUCCCAUCUAUGUGAAACUAGAGAAAUUGGACAUCAUGAUUCGUUUGGCAUCCCAAGCCAACAUUGCUCAGGUUCUGGCAGAACUGAAGGAGUAUGCCACAGAGGUGGAUGUCGACUUUGUGCGCAAAGCUGUGCGGGCCAUUGGACGGUGUGCCAUCAAGGUGGAGCAGUCUGCAGAGCGCUGUGUAAGCACAUUGCUUGAUCUCAUCCAAACCAAAGUAAAUUAUGUGGUCCAAGAGGCGAUUGUGGUCAUCAGGGAUAUCUUCCGCAAAUACCCCAACAAAUAUGAAAGUAUCAUUGCCACUUUGUGUGAGAACUUAGACUCACUGGAUGAGCCAGAUGCUCGAGCAGCUAUGAUUUGGAUUGUGGGAGAAUAUGCUGAAAGAAUUGACAAUGCAGAUGAGUUACUAGAGAGCUUCCUGGAAGGUUUUCAUGAUGAAAGCACCCAGGUACAGCUCACUCUGCUUACUGCCAUAGUGAAGCUGUUUCUCAAGAAACCAUCAGAAACGCAGGAGCUGGUACAGCAGGUCUUGAGUUUGGCAACACAGGAUUCUGAUAAUCCUGACCUUCGAGACCGAGGCUAUAUUUAUUGGCGCCUUCUCUCAACUGAUCCUGUCACAGCCAAAGAAGUAGUCUUGUCUGAGAAGCCACUGAUCUCUGAGGAGACAGAUCUUAUUGAGCCAACUCUGUUGGAUGAGCUCAUCUGCCACAUUGGUUCUUUGGCCUCAGUAUACCAUAAGCCGCCCAAUGCUUUUGUGGAAGGAAGUCAUGGAAUCCAUCGCAAACACUUGCCAAUACAUCAUGGGAGCACUGAUGCGGGUGACAGCCCUGUUGGCACCACCACUGCCACCAACCUGGAACAGCCUCAGGUUAUCCCCUCUCAAGGUGACCUUCUGGGGGAUCUUUUAAACCUUGACCUUGGUCCCCCAGUCAAUGUGCCACAGGUAUCCUCCAUGCAGAUGGGAGCAGUGGAUCUCUUGGGAGGAGGACUAGAUAGUCUGGUGGGACAAUCCUUCAUCCCAUCAUCAGUGCCUGCAACCUUUGCUCCUUCACCUACUCCUGCCGUGGUCAGCAGUGGUCUGAAUGACCUGUUUGAACUCUCCACGGGGAUAGGCAUGGCACCUGGUGGAUAUGUGGCUCCUAAGGCUGUCUGGCUGCCUGCAGUAAAGGCUAAGGGCCUGGAGAUUUCGGGAACGUUUACUCACCGCCAGGGGCACAUCUAUAUGGAAAUGAACUUCACCAACAAAGCUCUGCAGCACAUGACAGACUUUGCAAUUCAGUUUAACAAGAAUAGCUUUGGUGUCAUCCCCAGCACUCCUCUGGCCAUCCACACACCACUGAUGCCAAACCAGAGCAUUGACGUCUCCCUGCCUCUCAACACCUUGGGCCCAGUCAUGAAGAUGGAGCCUCUGAACAACCUGCAGGUGGCUGUGAAAAACAAUAUUGAUGUCUUCUACUUCAGCUGCCUCAUCCCACUCAACGUGCUUUUUGUAGAAGAUGGCAAAAUGGAGCGCCAGGUCUUCCUUGCAACAUGGAAGGAUAUUCCCAAUGAAAAUGAACUUCAGUUUCAGAUUAAGGAAUGUCAUUUAAAUGCUGACACUGUUUCCAGCAAGUUGCAAAACAACAAUGUUUAUACUAUUGCGAAGAGGAAUGUGGAAGGGCAGGACAUGCUGUACCAAUCCCUGAAGCUCACUAAUGGCAUUUGGAUUUUGGCCGAGCUACGUAUCCAGCCAGGAAACCCCAAUUACACGCUGUCGCUGAAGUGUAGAGCUCCUGAAGUCUCCCAGUACAUCUAUCAGGUCUACGACAGCAUUUUGAAAAACUAAUAGACUAGUCCGAUGCCCUCUGGCCACCCUGUGAUCGGUGCAAGCCAAGAACUCUUAACUGGAAGAAAAUUGUAUUGCCGUGUAGAAUCUGAACCCAAACACACUGAGGCCACCCACCAAGGUAGUGACUAGUCUAACCUGUGCUAACAUUAGGGCACAACCUGUUGGAUAGUUUUAGCUUCCUGUGACCAUUUGUAACCACUGCUUCAAUCACUUCUCACCUCGUGCCACCUGCUGCUAUCUGUCCUUACUUGUGGGCUUCUCCAUCCUGUGCCAGUGGCUGGCAUUUUUGAGUGUAGUUUGAUAUUUUGUAAUCGAGAGCUCGUUUCAAAAGCAGAAAAAGACAAAAAAAAAUUAAAGCAAGGAAAAGUGUCACUGAAACGUAAACUGCACUUUAUUGUUUUAUAUUUUUGUACAUAUGAGAAAUUGAGGGAAUAGUGUGUAACUGAUAAAAAGUGUUAAAACAACCGCACAGUCCUGGAGGAAGAGACGCAGUUUCUUGCCCACCCCAUUAGGGGUUUUUUGUCUGUGGCAGCCUUGUCCCUGAUCCCUUUUUUUUCUCUCCAAACUCCUUUUCCUUGUGAUUCCCCCUGCCCCGUAUUAUCAUCUCCUCUGAUGCUCUGCAGUUAGGAAUGGUGGUCUUUCUUGAAUGGUGCUGCAGAGUGCAGGAAAUAGGGCCUGUCAGCAUUGAGGCUGAGAAAAAUGAGAACUUACUACAUUCCUUUCCACUGAUCUAAUCUAUUAAUAACACUGAUUAAGGAAUUUGAGUAGAGAUGGGAAACAGGAACCAAAAUGCCCUUCCCCCAUCUCCUGCUCUGGAUUUAUUUUAACUCUCAGGUCCAGUUCAGAUCUAAAAUAUUAGUUUUAGAGUUGAAACAGACUUUAAGUAAUAACUUACCCAAUCUUGUUUUUCUAAAAAGGAAAAAGAUAAGAGACAAACAGGAUGUUAUUGCCUAAGGCCUGUUAACUGAUCAGUAGCAGAGGUGGGGGAGUGGGUCUCCUAAAUCCUCAUCAGUGUUGUCUUCACUGCAGGACCGUCUCCAUAAUUUUCUUCCUUCAAUGCCUUUCUUUUACCUUUUCUGUGCCUGCUUCUUUAUGGCUCUUCUCAUACUUCAUACAGAUUUUGGCACUCCAUUCAUUGGCAUCCGGCAGCAGCAGAGUAUCUUUCCAGGGACUUGAAGGUAAAUCCUGAUGCCAGAAUGAAGGAGUAGCUAAUAGUCUCCUGGAGCCACAGUUCUUGAGGCCAGCAGGAUGGGUGCAGGGAUGAAGUGAGCUUCGGGAUGCCACAGAUUCACUUGAUCCUUCAGUUCUCUGAUCUGUUCUUUACUUGUGUUGCUUAGGCUGCAAGGCAAUUGAGAUCACCUCAGAGGGCCAAGCAGUUCUUUUCAUCUCUCAAAAGAUUGGGAGAUGUGAGGACCCCCUGCCCCCUGGACACAUUGGGUGUGGUCUGUCAAAGAAUGCUUCAUGCCUGGAACACCAGUCUGUUUAGCAGUGUUCACACUGUUUCAUCUGUGGGCACCUGUGCCGACCAGCACCCAGGAUUCAGGGUCCGUGACCAAGACUGCUUCUCAGAUGCCCCUGCUCAAAUCAGAGGCACUUGGGUCCAAAGGCCUCAUGUAGGACCCAGACCUAAGAGUGAGUCCAAGAGGAGGAGGAAUCAUAGAAAACAAGAGCAGAAACUACCCCCCAACCCUGUCACAAGUGAAAUGACUCUGAUUCAUAUCAGUUGCAAAGUUUGGGGGUGCAGGUCCCCCAAAGCAGCUUUUUAAACCUUGAGAAUCUCCAAGAGCAGAAGUUCUGGGGUGAGGGUCAGGAGCCAUGUCCUGCGCUCACCACCCCUCAGGCACGUGGAGAACAGGAAGUAGCACAGGAUUGCGUGUGGGAGGGGGGUCAGUUGGUGACAGGUGGGGUAGAAAAGCAGGUGGGUAAAGUCCCCUUUUUGGGAAAUCUCUCGUGGAGUCAGUUGGAUACAAGCAGUGAAGAAGGUCCACACUACAAGUGCAGUGUUCUCAUCUCAAAGCAAACUGCAGUUCCAGAAGGAAGAGCGUGUGUCAGGGUAAGCAGACAAGACAAGUUUGUACCAAGAUACGUUCCUCCACCCCUGAAACCAGGCUUCUCUCAGCCUCCCCGUCAGUGAGGGGAAACAGCUGCUGUUCUCAGCUGACCUGACUGAGCCAAUCCGCGCGCGAACUCUUCACUCCUUGGAGAGGCUGCCUCCCGGUUUGCCCCUGAGCAGUUAGGGAGGGAUUCUGCUCCACGGAAAGGACCUCUCUCCUGAGGAGACAGAGCCUGUUGCCUCCACCACAGCUUCCCUUUGGGCCCAUCUCAAGCCUGGCUAGACUGGGGAACGGAGUGGAGAUUGCCCUGCAUUCCCCUCUCCUCUGCCUCAGUGUGUCUUUGUAACGUCAGCUGGUGUCUUACAAAGGGCAAGGGAACCACACACACACCCAGAACUCUUGCUGGUCAGAGAUUCCCUGAGUGUCUGUCCUCGCCCGAGCCCGUUUUGUGUGUCUGUGUUGUGAACCUUGGGACUCUGGAGAGAAGGGGAGGGGGGGUAAACGUUGCCCUGAGAAGGCUUAUCAUUCUUUUGUUGUUGGGAUCUGUUCUUGGGGAGGG